AGCGACUCGCAAUGUUGAUCGUGGUGAUGUGUGCUCCAACUACAGAUGUUUGCUAUUAUUACACUCUAAUAUUUUGUGCUUUUUUUGCUCUGUGAUAUGUGGCAGAUCUGUAUGUAUUCUACGGUCAUUAUCACUGAAACGCCUUUCUCUGGGCGGUUAAAAUUAACGGAAACUCGGUACUCACGUUCAUUUAAUUGAAGGAUCGGAACGAAACAUGAACAGCCCGUGCCAGUAAACGGUUAAUUAUCACAAUAUCACCUUGUUCCAACUACUUCCAAGUCAAUUGUUUUAAUGCUCCACUAUGGAUGUUUUUAAGAGCGAACAAAUGGCGCGGUUAUCCCAAAAAAUCUCUAAUGAUUUUCCGUGGAAAUUAGAGGUACCACUGUUGAAGGAGGUGGAAGAAUCGCAGCCGCUUAAGCAGACAGAAGAAAGGCCGCCCACGGACGUGAACGAGCCGCAAUCCGCCAAGGAAAUAACCAUCCUGGUUCUCGGCGACGGUAUGCAUUCGGAAAAAGCCCUCUGGAUUAACGGCUUCACACUCUCCUUAAUGCGCUCAUCACUGGAUGAAGCUCUGGCGAAACCUGGUAUUGCCGUUCCGGUACACUUCGAGAUAUUGGAUCAAGAUCUGCGGAAACACGUCGUUUCUAAUGACUCCAGUGGCGCUGACAACGCUGCAGUGCGCCCCGGGGUGGUUACUUUUCAAAUCUGUACUGUAAAAAAAUCCGGCCGAAUUAUUCGCAUACUGAACACACCCACUGUUAGUAACGGUGGCGAACCGGGAGAAAUCCGGCGAAUAGCGGGCGCUAUCUUGAAGUUACUGGAAAAUUACGUGGAGCUCCACGGCAUCUGCAUCCUGUUGAAAUCCCGUAACAUCGUCAUGACACCGGCGCUGCAAGAGUUAUUGAAAGCUUUGUUGAGUCGCCUGCACCGUGAUAUCGUUCUCAAUAUCGUCUUCGUGUUUACCGAUGCCGGGUCACCGGUAAACCUCCCGGUUGACACCGUGGCAAAACUACAGGAAUGGGAAUUGUCUGGUGUUAAAUUAAAUCCUGAAGCAAUAUACUGCUUCGACAACGAUGUCUUCCGCUGUGUAACGGCAGCACAAACUGGAAUUCAGUUCGGUGCUGCCGUAACGAACGCCAUGUCGGCUUCCUGGACAAUCGGUGUGCAAGAAUCCGAACGGCUACUGCAGCACGUAACGGCGCUGCCUCCGUAUAACGUGAAGGCAACGCAACAAUUAACCGCGACGCGGCAACUGUUGGAGCAACUCGUGGAGAUGAUCGCUGCCCAGGCGCGCACUGCUGAUAUUGCGCCACGAUUUUUUUCUGGUAUGAUCCAGAGCAAAAUAGCGGAUGUGGAACGCGCCAAGCGAGACCGCAACCGGUUGCGUCGCGAGCUCUACUGGUCGGCGAUUGAUUGGCAGAGGGUUCCGCUGCCACAUCCGCGUGUCAUCUGUGUAAGUCCCCGAUGCGCCACCUCUCGUGCGUGCCAUAGCGUGUGCUACUGUCUGGCCGAAGCAUCGCAGCAUGGACUGCAGUGCUGUUGCAUGGAUGUCGAAAUAAAGCGGUGCCGGCGCUGUGGUUGUGCGUGGGACUCGCACCGGCACAUCACCAGCGUAGUGCGCCCAGUUGAGAUCAAUGCCGUGGAUGAGCGGGUUCGCCGUGUGCUGGAGAUCAAGGACCAGGAGAUCGCCGAGUUGGAAGACACCGUUACAGCGCUGAACCAGCGCUCUGAUGACGAUAGUCAGGAAAGCGACGAGAAAUUUUGGCUGCUUUUAUUGGCGGCGAAGAUACGCUGCUUCUUAAAAAUACACACGGCGCUGCCGGGGAAAGAUAUCAUGGAAGAAUUGCUGGAUAACUUGGUUGCAACCAAAACUGCGGACGUAGCGGCUGGCGGUGAUCAACUUAAACUGGAGAGUCGCGAACGCGAAUUGAGUAACUAUCGACGGUUAGCGGAAUUCUGGGAUGACGUGCGGACUGAUGGCUUUCAAUUACCAGACGGUUUCAAUGAAAAGUUGUAUGGGAUUACGAUGGAGGGCAUUCGGGAUGAUGUUGAACAGUUGAAAGUCCUGCCCCUAAUUGGCCUUUUUUUUGACGACCUUCGCUUGUAAAAUUAUGACCGGCAUCUACUUUAUGCACUGCAGCUGUAAUUUGUAUUCCACUGCACAAGCAUUACAGCACGCUUUAUUCUUAUAUUUUAUUCAAAUGAAGAAUUUGCCCCAGUUAAUGACAAGGGACUGUGCACAAUACACUCAUAGCAUUA